UUUGAAGAGUAUUGCUGAUGAGUGGACAAGCAGGUCAGGAUGCAAAGUUCUUCCAGCGGGGUAAGAUCCAGGAGUUCCGGGCGGAGUUGCAUGCGGCCGAGGCGAAGGAUAAGAAAUAUGUGAAGAGAAAGACGGUACUCAAGAAAAUAGUGGCGAAUAUCACGAUGGGCAAUGACAUGUCCCCAUUAUUUCCUGACGUCGUGGCGUGCUUGGGUACUCCUUUACUGGAGAUCAAGAAGAUGGUGUACCUCUUCCUCGUAAGCUAUGGUCGGUCAAAACCUGACCAAAUUCAGAUCGUCAUUCCAAGCUUUCUUCAGGACUGCGCCGACCACAACCCUCUUAUUCGAGCACUCGCCAUCCGAACAAUGUCCUAUAUACCUCUUCCAGUCGUUACGGAGGCCAUGACAGACCCAUUACGCCACGCACUCAAGGACCGCGACCCUUACGUUCGCAAGACUGCAGCAAUUUGUGUUGCUAAAGUGUAUACGGCAGACCCUCGACGAAGUGAACGUGCUGGAUUCGUCGAGAUGCUGCGCGACCUUAUGCUUGAUACGAAUGCGACUGUUGUUGCUAAUGCUGUUGCGGCGCUUGUCGAGAUCAGUGAACGGCACGACGGUGUUGCAUUUCGUGUGAAUUUCACUGUAGCGAACAAGCUAUUGACGGCGUUACAAGAGAGUUCAGAAUGGGGCCAGAUUUACAUCAUGGACGCACUCAUGACUUUCGUCCCUCACGAAUCAAAGGAAGCAGAGAUCAUUUCCGAACGAAUCAUCGUCCAAUUACAACACGGGAACUCAGCUGUUAUCCUCACCACCAUCAAAGUCCUGCUUUAUCUCAUGAAUUACAUGGAAAACCGAAGGCUCAUCGAGUAUAUCUGCAAGAAGAUGGGUCCACCACUUGUUACGAUGCUUUCGUCCGGCCCGGAAGUGCAAUAUGUUGCGUUGCGCAAUAUUCUUCUAAUCAUACAAAGACGGCCUGCUGUUCUCAAGAACGACGUGAAGGUCUUUUUCUGCAAGUAUAACGACCCUAUCUAUGUCAAGCUUGCCAAGCUGGAGAUCAUGUAUCGACUGGCGCGGGAAGAGAACUUCCGAGAAGUACUCGCUGAGUUACAAGAAUACGCAUCCGAAGUCGACAUUGACUUUGUACGAAAAGCUGUACGUUCAAUCGGCCGGCUAGCGAUUAAAGUCGAGCCCGCUGCAGAUCAGUGCAUUGAAGCAUUACUCGGCCUCAUCGAAACCAAGGUGACGUACGUCGUACAGGAAGCGAUCAUUGUUAUCAAAGAUAUCUUCCGGCGGUAUCCUGGUCGCUAUGAGGGUAUAAUACCGAAACUUUGUGAGAACUUGGAUGCAUUGGACGAACCUGAGGCGAAAGCGGCUAUGAUUUGGAUUAUUGGGCAGUUUGCGGAUAGGAUUGAGAACUCGGAUGAGCUACUUGAUGAUCUUGUAUAUAACUUCCUGGAGGAGCCAACGGAGGUACAACUCGCUCUACUCUCCGCCGUAGUCAAACUCUUCAUCUACAAGUCCAGCUCCGACACGAGCAAAGAAAUCGUACACAAAGUGUUAAAAUGGACGACUGAAGAAAUCGAUAAUCCGGAUUUACGAGACCGUGGAUUCAUGUAUUGGCGACUGCUGGCGAUUAACCCUGCUAACGCGGGUGAGAUCGUACUCGCUGAGAAACCGCCUAUUACGACGGACUCGGAUCGUAUGGAUAGAGGCUCGUUGGAUCAGCUUUUACUUCAUACGGGUACACUUGGGAGUAUAUAUCAUAAGAACCCUGAGACAUUCAUCCGAAACGCGAAAGCGAAAGCCCUCCCCGACAGUGCUGCUCUCAACGAGAAAUCACGCGCGGUACGCGUCCUAUCGCCGCCUGACCAACUCCCACCUACCGUCGUGGAUGUCCCAGGUCCACCUAUGCCUCCGGCCCGUUCAACAGAUCCUGUACCUACCGUCCCACCAUUAUCCAAUCGCUCUGAGACACUGCAGCCGGAGGGAGAAGGGGAUUAUGCUGAUGGAGGAGGGGACGUGGGGACGGAUGAAGGUGAUGCUGAGGAGCAUUUAAGGCCGAAUGGGAAUGGGAAGGAUCCGUAUGCGAAUUUGGAUGGAGCGUUUGGGAGGUAUUUGAGUGAGGAGUCGAAGGGUAUGGGGGUUGGUGCGAAUGGGAAUGGGAGGAAUGGGGACGAUUUGUUGUUUUGA